CCCAAUUCUCAAACUAAUUCAUUGCAUCUUUCAUUUCCAAAACACGAUUUUCAUAUUAACAAUGGGGAUUUUCCCUCCAUGCGACUCUUCAGAGGUGAUGGAGAAGCUGCUCGGAUCCGUGUGUGGGAAAACCAGAGACGAACCCAUUCCCACUCCAUCGAAAAUCAAAGGCAAAGUCGUGUUGAUGAAGAAAAACGUUAUGGACAGUACCGAUUUGUGGGCAUCGUUCGUGGACCGGGUCCACGAGGUCUUCGGUCGAGGCAUCUCUUUGCAGCUCAUUAGCUCUGAUCAUUUUGACCCCGAUGAUCAGAAGAGAGGGAGGCUAGGAAAGGAGGCCUACUUGGAGGAUUGGGUGACCAAGUUCACUUCACUUAAAGCUGAAGAUGAGGUCUCCUACGAUGUCGAAUUUGAGGACUGCCUCGGGAUUCCCGGGGCUUUCGUUAUCCGGAAUCGGCAUCAUAGUCAAAUCUAUCUCAAGUCCCUUGAGUUGGAAGAUGUCCCCGGACACGCAGGACCUCUCCAUUUUGUAUGUGACUCGUGGGUUUAUCCCUCGCGUCGCUAUGAUUCGGACCGCAUCUUUUUUUCAAAUAAGGCAUACCUACCAUCGGAAACGCCACCACCACUAAUCGUUUAUAGGGAGCAAGAGCUAAAAAACCUCCGAGGAAAAGGCUCCGGCGAGCUCAAGGAGUGGGACAGAGUGUACGACUACGCAUUCUACAACGACCUUGGAAGCCCCGAAAAAGGCGAGGAUCAUGCCCGCCCCGUGCUAGGCGGAUCAGCCUAUCCGUACCCUCGUAGAGCACGGACAGGCCGCGCACCAAACAAAAAAGAUCCCAACACGGAGAGCAGACUGUUUCUCCUAAACCUAAACAUCUACGUCCCACGAGACGAAAAAUUCGCCCAAGUCAAGUUCUCGGAUUUCAUUGCCUAUGCUAUAAAAUCGAUAGGGCAAGUCCUUGUCCCCGAGAUCAAGGCCGUGUUCGACAAAACGUUCAACGAGUUCGACACGUAUGACGACGUCUUGAGCGUCUACGAGACGAGGACUCAGUUGCCUGACGAUAAAUCCUUAGCGAAAAUCAAAGACUGCGUUCCGUGGGAGCUGCUUAGAGAGCUCAUUCGCUCCGAUGGUGAGAGGUUCCUCAAUUUCCCAGUUCCUGAAGUUAUACAAGCGAGUGAGACGGCGUGGAGAACGGAUGAAGAGUUCGGCCGUGAAAUGCUGGCCGGUGUCAACCCGGUUGUCAUUCGACUUCUCGAGGAGUUUCCACCAAGAAGCAAACUAGACAUUGAAGUAUAUGGCAAUCAACAUAGUACCAUCACAACAGAGGACAUGGAGAAAAACAUGAAUGGCCUCACUGUUAUUGAGGCAAUAGAGAAGAAGAAGUUGUUCAUACUAGAUCACCACGACUCGCUGAUGCCGUACCUGAGACGGAUCAACACGACGUCGACCAAGACUUACGCCACCCGAACCAUCCUUCUGCUCGAGGAAAACGGCACGUUGAAGCCACUCGCCAUUGAGCUCAGCUUGCCACACGAAUCCGGAGAUUCGCAUGGAGCAGUGAGCAGAGUGUUCACUCCAUGCCAAGGCGUUGUAGGCGGCAUGAUUUGGCAGCUAGCAAAAGCAUACGCCGCCGUCAACGAUUCCGGCUUCCACCAGCUCAUCAGCCACUGGCUGAACACCCACGCCGUGAUCGAGCCAUUCUCGAUCGCGACGAACAGACAGCUGAGCACUCUCCAUCCGAUCUACAAGCUCCUCAAGCCACACUUCCGCGACACGAUCCACAUAAACGCUUUGGCCCGCCACACUCUCAUCAACGCUGGUGGAGUACUCGAGACCACCGUCUUCCCCGGCCGAUACGCCAUGGAAAUGUCCUCCUUGGUCUAUUCGAAUUGGAAUUUCACUGAUCAGGCCCUCCCGAAGGACCUUCUCAAAAGAGGAGUGGCGGUUCCUGACCCGAGCCGGCCGCACGGCCUCCGCCUUCUGAUAGAGGACUAUCCAUUCGCGGUGGACGGGUUAGAAAUCUGGUCAGCGAUCAAUCUCUGGGUGACGGAGUACUGCUCGUUGUACUACCUGACCGAUGAAAAGGUGACCGGAGACGUGGAGCUUCAGUCGUGGUGGAAGGAGAUUCGGGAGGUCGGGCACGGGGACCUGAAAGACAAGCCGUGGUGGCCGGAAAUGGCGACACGAGACGAGCUCAUCGAGUCUUGCACCAUAAUCAUAUGGGUGGCGUCGGCCCUCCACGCGGCGGUCAACUUCGGCCAGUAUGCUUAUGCCGGUUAUCUCCCGAACCGGCCCACUGUGAGCCGGCGGUUCAUGCCUGAACCGGGUUCGCCCGAGUACGCCGAGCUGGAGAAUGUGGACAAUCACGAGGUUGUGUUUCUGAAAACCAUAACGGCUCAGUUCCAGACGCUGCUCGGGGUGUCGCUGAUCGAGAUGCUGUCGAGGCAUUCGACGGAUGAGAUCUAUCUUGGGCAGAGGGAGACGCCGUAUUGGACCGGCGACCAAGAACCGGUUCGGGCGUUCAAGCGGUUCAGCGCUUCGCUGGUUGAGAUUGAGGAUAGGAUAAAGAGUAGGAAUCUCGACCCGGAGUUGAGGAACCGAACCGGGCCGGUUCAGAUGCCGUACAUGCUGCUCUAUCCCAACACUUCGGAUGAGACCAAAAAGGGUGGACUUAAUGUCAAGGGAAUUCCAAAUAGUGUGUCUAUCUAAAUACAUCAAUCUAGUUAUUUAUGUCACAUAUUUUCUUGUAAUAAGUCGAUUUUGAGUAUUAUUUGAGUUGAGGAUUCAAGUAGUCACCUCCACUAUUCUGUUGUAUGUUUUAAAAUAAUGCACUUUUGUUAUAAAUACCACAAUAAUUGACUUGAGUCAAA